AUGGUUUUCACGAUAUUCUCGUCCAUAUGUGCCAUAGCCUUCGUGGCGAUAUUCUCCUGGAUGAUAUUCACAAUCCUGAGGGUCGUGUUCCAGUUCUUCUUCCCUCGCAAGCUGGUCGCGGUGAAGCGCUCCUUCCAAGUGGGCGACGUCACGCUGGAGGAGCUGAGCAAGUACUCUGGCCAGGAUCCCUAUCUCCCCAUCCUCCUGGCGGUGCGAGGCCGGAUCUACGAUGUGUCCGCCAAGGCCAACUUCUACGGACCAGGCGGCGGCUACAGUGUGUUUGCAGGGCGGGAAGUGGCGAGGGCUUUAGGGAAGAUGCAGAUUACAGCAGACCAUUGCAGCGCUGACACCUCAGACUUCACCGAGAAGGAGGAGAAGACGCUGCAGGAAUGGGUUGACAAGUUUGACCAAAAAUAUGAAGUCGUGGGAAAGGUCGUCCCCGAUUUGAGUCUGACACUAGAGCAGCUGGCUGCAUAUGACGGGGAGACAAACCCUGCUCCCAUUUACCUUGCCAUCAAGGGUGUCAUCUUUGAUGUCACUAGAGGGAGUCAGUUCUAUGGCCCUGACGGGGCUUACCCCUUUGGGGGCCGGGAAUGUGCACGGGCGCUGGCAAAGUUCUCAACAGAGAUUGAUGACUGCAAUGAUGAACUGGCGGACUGCACGCUCUCGGAGCUGGACACCCUGCGGGAUUGGCAGGCCCAGUUCUAUUCCAAGUACCCCAUUGUGGGGAGGGUGGUCAAGGCCAGCGCCACGGCAGCUGCAGCGGAGUGA